AAUGAUACAUUAUACAAUAUUAUAUGAAAUCGUAAAUGUUGUGUUUUUUUUAAUUUUCUGAAAAUAUUUUGAAAUAAGAAUUUUUACAGUUGAAAAUUUAGUAUUUAUAUACAAAUUUAUACAAGAAUGAAUGAUGAACAUGAAGAUUCUUUUGAACUGGCUCUGGCCACUAUGGAUUUGCCAACUGCUGCAAAAGUACCAAGAACAAGUUUUGAAACAACUAAUGGAAGCGCACACACUGUCUCGAUAAAAACGAAUAUUAAAAUACAAGAAGAUAAUGUCAAAAAAACUGAAAUAAAAGCAAAAAAUACUGCAGCUAAUCCUCAUUGUAUUUUAGUUCAUCCAAAGCAAAGAGGUAAUCCUAUACUAAAACCUAUACAAAAUGUACCUUUAGAAUUUCGAGAUGAUAUCAUACCUGAUUAUGUUGUUGGAAGAACAACUUGUAUUUUAUAUUUGUCGCUUAAAUAUCACAAUUUAAAUCCGGAUUACAUAUGCCAGCGUUUGAAAGAAUUGGGAAAACAAUAUGAAUUAAGAGUAUUGUUAGUACAAGUGGAUACACCGGAGCCACACAAUGCACUAAAAAGCCUCACUCGGAUAAGUUUGCUUGCAGAUUUGACGUUAAUGUUGGCUUGGAAUGCAGAGGAGGCCGGUAAAAUUAUUGAAACCUAUAAAUUAUUUGAAAAACGAGGUCCAGAUUUGAUAAUGGAAAGGGUGGAAUCUAAUCCCCAUCAAAAGUUGGUUGCUGCUUUAACAAACAUAAAACCGGUGAAUAAAACAGAUGCCGUAACACUUUUACAAAAUUUUGGGAACUUGGAGAAUCUUAUCAAUGCAAGUGAAGAUCGUUUAUCUCAGGUUAUUGGUUUGGGACCACGUAAAGCUAAAAAGCUAUAUACAACAUUGCAGGAACCAUUCCUAGGAAAAUGAUUUUUUCUUUUAAUUUUCUAAAAUAUUUAUUUUCAAAAUAUAAAUCUGUUAAUAUUAGCAUAA